AUGUCACAGUCCAAGACGGCCACUUUUGAUCCAUUUCCUCCAGAUCUAGACAUACAUACUAUUGUGGACCAAACGCCCAAUUUUCAGCUUGCUCGACGUAUCACAUGCGACGCAGUUGACGCAGAGUCCAAGGAAGACUUUGAGAGAUUGGUCCUUUUAUGGGUAGUCGUUUGUGGGCAGCCACUAGUUAUUGAGGGAUUUCAGGACCGACUUGACCCAAAGCUGUUUUCAGAGAAGUGGCUUCGCGGCCAAUACUUCCAAAAAGUGGAAUAUGUUCGAGACCUGGGGAAAGGUGUAAGUGCGCCAUUUACAAUUGGCCACUACUUAGGACAACUCCCAGCUUUAGUAGAAAAGAUUAACAUUUUCAAUUACGCAAAUCGAGACCGACAGCGUCUUUACAUGAAAGACAUCGACUGCCCUCCAGAAUGGCAUCAGUCUUUGGAGAAGUUGAUUCCCCCGAAUUUGUUUUACUUCAAUGAUUCCCCAAAAAUUUACGAUGGUCCUGGCUCAGGCCUUUCAAACUUGUCAGAAUCAUAUAAAACGAAAGACGGUACGCCGAUUGCCAGAGCAGGCGAUUUGAUGAGCUGUCUUCCCCCAGACAUGCGUGCAGAAAAUCUCAUGUGUUACAUCGGACACGAGGGCACAUACACGCCAGCACACCAGGAAAUGUGCGCCAGUCUUGGCCAUAAUCUCAUGGUUGAGGCUUCGAACGGUAAGCCAGAGCAUGGGAAGCCAACAGUCCCGGGCUCGUCAAUUUGGCUCAUGACUGAGACGAGAGAACGGCGUGUGGUGUCGGAGUACUGGUCCACAAUGUUAGGUCAUGAUAUUGACCUCGAGAAUCAUUUCGCACAACUCAAAGCAUGGAGGUGCGCCCCGUUCAAAACCCAUGUGGUCGAACAGAAACCCGGGGAUCUCAUCCUUGUUCCACCUAUGGCUGCUCAUCAAGUCUGGAACCGCGGUACAAGGACGAUGAAAGUUGCCUGGAAUCGCACCACCGUCUCUACCCUGAAAAUGGCUUUGUCUGAAGCACUGCCACAUGCACGGAUGGUCUGUCGUGAUGAGCAAUACAAGAACAAGGCCAUUGUUUAUCACUCACUCGAGCGGUAUGCAGAUCUAUUGAAACAAGCCCCCAAAACUGACAAUGUCGAAAUCAAGAAGCUGUGGGGUGACUUUGAGGAUCUAUACUUCCUGUUCACAGAUAUUUUAAUAUCUGAAGACUUUUCCAGCAGGCAGAAGAUUGAAUGCAUCGAAUAUCAUGGCAAUGUGACUUGCUCAUAUUGUCGUUGCAACAUCUUCAACCGGUUCCUGACAUGUCCCUCAUGCAAGGAAGAUGAUAACGAUUAUGAUAUAUGCAUGGACUGUUACGUACUGGGUCGAAGCUGUCAAUGUAUCUCCAAGCUCAGGUGGGUUGAGCAAAUACCUUGGAGCACUCUACGCAAACAGCAUGAGACCUGGCGGCGCCAGCUUCUCAGUAUUGAGCCUGUAGAUUCACCGCGCCUGAACAAGUUCCUGCCCCUUACCGUUGUGCGAAGCCAGAAUCCCAGGAAGACUGUUGCAGAAAUCUGCAAAGAGCAAAUGACUCGUCGGCCCUGGGUGGAUUGCAAGAAACCUACUCCAGAGAAAGAGCAAUCAGCCUCACCAGACAGUGCUAUUGGUGAUGCUGAAUCCCCAGCGCGGAAACGGCGAAAAACUGGCGCCAACUCCAAAGAUGAAAGGUGUCAUAUGUGCAGAAACAGGGAACCAAACUGGAAACUGGCAAAGUGCUCACAAUGCCCGUUGCGUUACUGCUACGCCAUCCUGUUUCGCGCCUUUGAUAUAUUUCCGCAGGAGCAAAUGGAGAAGGCCCAUUGGCUGUGUCCCCGCUGCCAGAAAAUCUGCAACUGUGGACCGUGUCAAAAAGAUCCGACAAUGCGGCCACAUGAGCCGGAUAAUAUUUUGCUGGGACAUGAUACCAGAAAGAUCGCAGAUCCUCGAAGUGUUGACUCUCUGGUAGAUCUUCGUUUAUCUAAUUUGAAAUGGCUUCCCAGCCUCGAAGAAGAUAUAGCACGCCGCCUGCAACGGAGGCAACAGGAAGCCGAGGAGAAGCAAACGAAUAUGAUUAUGGAGCAUGCCAUUCUUGUGAGGGAGAAAGAGUCCCCGCGCGUUGAUUUAACGGCGUCUAUUGAUUAUGGUAGAAUCCCCGUGGAUCCUACUCUCCAGCUGGACAACUCUAUAAUAAAUCAGCCAGACCAAGAGUUGGUUUACUGA